AUGCCGUCGAGCCAGCCACCGCCGGGGGAAGGUGCGAGCGGAAACUUCUCCCACAUCGGCAACAAGUUCAAGCGCCAGGAGCUGUACAGAAAGCAUCGCAAGGACAAGCGGCAAGAGAAGCUCAAGAAGCGCGUCGAGCAGGCCAGGGAGGAGCGAGGCGAAGAGGGCAAAGAGAAGAAGCGGGCACGCCUGGCAGCAAAUGUACCCCGAACCAUCGAGAACACAAGAGACUACAACCCAACGAUCAUCAAUGCCCCUAACACUCAUCCUGGGCCGGGACCGUCCCAGGUCGCUUCGACGUCCGCAGCGGCCAUAAGUUCCGACGACGAGAAAGAUGAGAAUGCGGAAGAGGAAGAAGCAGCAGAAGCAGCGGAAGAAGAACAGGAGGAGCAAGAGGAAGAUGAGGAUCCACACGCACCUCCGGCCAUUCUAAUCACUACCUCGCUGCCCUCCAACUCAACAUCUCCCCAUCUUGCCUCUGCGAAUUCGCGAUCGCACCCCGCCGAACGGGUGCGAGACUUUGUCGACCAGCUUCUUGAUGUCUUUCCAGGCGCAGAGUACCGGCCUAGAGCGGCCGCCAAGGGUGUUGGCUUAGGCAAGAUAUCUGGGUGGGCUAGGAAAAGGGGCUACGAUGCUCUCCUAGUCGUGGGCGAGGACAAGAAGGAGCCCUUCUCUCUUACAAUCAUUGGACUUCCGCUAGGACCGACGGCCUUCUUUCGGCUGACCUCGAUCUCGAUGGGCUCGGAGAUAUAUGGGCGCGGCCAUUCGACCAAGCAUACCCCCGAGCUGAUUCUCAACAACUUUACCACAACUCUAGGCCAUCGCGUCGGUGGGCUAUUCCAGUCCCUCUUCCCCAAGGUGCCUGAGCUCCAGGGUAGACAAGUGGUGACGGCGCACAACCAGCGCGACUACAUCUUCUUUCGAAGACAUCGAUAUAUGUUCAAGAAUGAAGACAAGACAAAGCUCCAAGAGAUUGGGCCUCAGUUCACCAUCAAGCUGCGCAGCCUCAAAAACGGCUUGCCAAAAGGGGCAGGAGCCUGGGACGGGGUCAUCGACUUUGAUGGUACGGGAACAGCUCCCUCAGACGAGCAAGGCGUCGAGGGUGUGCAAGGACGGAUGGCGCUGGCCAACAAGAAGAGAAAGCGGGCGACAGCCGAAGAGGAAGUGCAGGGCAUGGAAUUCGAGUGGAAGCCCAAGAUGGGCGUGUCUAGGCGCAACUUCUUCCUGUAG